AUGGGCGCGUCGCUUCUGGACUUGGACCCGGAGGUAGCGAAGCUCGUGGAGCUCACGGUCCAGCCCUCCAGGGGAACUGGCCUCAGCAGCGCGGCGGCAGAGGAGCUGCUGCAUGCGGAGCCUGGGACAACCCUAGAGGUCCUGGCCCAGCGGGGCCUCGAGCUGGGGGAGGAGCGCUUACGGCGGACACCGGCCCUCUACCAUCGGGUGCGGCUGCUGCCGGACACGAGGCUGGUGCAACAGUGGUUCGACAGAUCCAGGCCCUGCCAAUGCAACCGGCCUGGGUGCUGCGGGGGGGUGAUGUGGUCCUCCCGCGCGGAGAAGCAUUUGGGCCGCGAGGGCCUGGUGUUGCA